ACAAUAAUUUUGUCCAUCUUUUGCGGGCUAUUUAAACCACCCCGCUGCACCAUCACCCACCACACCAAUCCACCCAAAAAAUAAACAUGGGGCGCUCUUACUGUCAACUACUAGCUUUCAUCUCCUUCCUCUGCAUCAUCAACCUUGCAUCCUCCACCCUUCGCUGCGGAACCCAACUCGCCGGCGACUCCUGUCCCGAAGGACACUGCUGCAGCAAGUGGGGCUACUGCGGCAACACCUCCGCCCACUGCUGCCAUGGCUGCCAAAGCAAGUGCAACUGCCUCCUCCCGCCGUGGCAGGCGGACGCCACAGCCGGCCGCGCCGACGGAGUUGCCGACAUCGUCACAGAAGAGGUGUACAAUGAGAUGCUGCCCCACCGAGGGACCUCACCCUGCCCGGGGGCCUUCUACACCUACGAUGCGUUCAUUAAGGCCUCCAACAAGUUCGAGUCUUUUGGAACAUCUGGGGAUUUGGAGACCCGUAAGAGAGAGAUCGCGGCGUUUUUCGCGCACACUUCGCAUGAAACCACAGGAGGGUGGGAUACUGCACCGGACGGUCGAUAUUCGUGGGGUUAUUGCUGGAUUCGGGAAGGAGGGGCUACUGACCCAGGGUUGCUGCCGGACUAUUGCAUUUCAUCAAAUCAACAGUGGCCAUGCGUAGCUGGACAGCAGUACUAUGGCCGUGGACCCUUCCAAAUUUCAUACAAUUACAAUUACGGUAUGGCUGGAGCUUACCUAGGCUAUGAUUUGUUAAGCAACCCCGACUUGGUUGAAACCGAUCCGUAUGUAUCGUUCCAAACAGCGUUUUGGUUUUGGAUGGUCGCACACGAACCCAAGCCCUCGUUGCACGACGUCAUGGUGGGUAAUUGGACACCAUCUGACAAUGACCUUUCAGUAGGUCGAGUACCAGGUUUUGGGCUCACCACCAACAUCGUCAAUGGUGGAAUCGAAUGUGGGUACCCUAGCGAGCAGGAGCAAGAUCGAAUCCAACACUACAAAAGGUGCUGCGAAAUAUUGGGCGUGGAUCCAGGUGACAACCUCAGUUGCAGUGACCAACAACCCUAUGGUUUGACUACUAAAGCAACCCGAAAGAACAAGAUGCUACCUAUCUUAAGUAACUUAGUCGUUGCUUAAUUAAAUAUGGUCCAAUGAAUUAGUUACUUAGUUUGUAUCAUAUGUUUGUAUGAUGUAUGUAUGCGUGGAUAAAUGUACGCAUCGUUUUGUAGAAUAAGCUGCACGUAAAGUGCAUAUAUGUAUAAAUUAAGUAAAUAUUAUUAGAAUAAUAUGCACGUAAAGUGCAUAUAUGAAUUAAGUAAAUAUUAUUAUGACUAAA